AUGGGUGCUAUAUCCAGUAGAUAUCGUGUUUACAACUCGGGACUUACAAAUGUCGAUGUGGAUCCCGCUGAAAGUGAGAACAAACGUGAAAAUCCCGGAACGCUAGAUGAAAUUCAUAAAAAGACCAAAGAUGUUAUGCCCGUCAAUUUUGAAGGUGGCAAGUUGAUGGUGAACAGGGGACUGUCCAAUCAUUUCCAGAUGUCUCACACCCUUACAAUGAGCUCAGCCCAGAAUGGCUACAAACUAGGAGCAACAUACAUCGGUACCAAGCAGAUCUCUCCCUCGGAGGCCUUCCCCGUCAUUCUUGGAGACGUGGAUCCUUCAGGCAAUGUCAACUUCAGCUUAAUUCACCAACUUACUCCGGAGAUUAGGCUGAAGGGUGCUGCUCAGGUGCAAGAAUGCAAGCUGACAGCUACCCAGGGUACCCUGGAGUACAAGGGUUCCGACUACACGCUCGCGAUGGCUGUGGGCAAACCUGACUUUAAUGAGAAGUCAGCUGUGUUCGUCGGGCACUACUUACAGUCGGUGACAAAGCGGCUGGCGCUGGGCGCGGAGCUGGUGUACCAGUCGGGCGCCCGCGUCAUGGGCGGAGAGAUCGCUAUCACCUCCGCCGCCGCCAGAUAUACCAUGGACGACUCGGAAGUAUCAGCGACCCUGAGCUCGGCUAACUUCCACUUGUGCUACUUCAAGCAGUGCAGUGAACAAUUACAGGUUGUUGCGGAAAUGGACACCUCAUUCAGAGGCAUGGAAUCGGUCGGUACCAUUGGCUACCAGGUCAACAUACCCAAAGCAGAUCUAAUCUUCAGAGGAAUGGUAGACUCAAAUUGGAACAUCGGAGCAGUUCUGGAAAAGAAGCUGCAGCCGCUUCCAUUCACAUUUGCUCUGUCGGGAAUGGCGAACCAGGCCAAGCAACAGUUCAAAUUUGGGUGCGGUCUAAUCAUUGGUUAA